AUCAACAUGGCAACGACAGGAUAUAGCCACGAACUAUUAUAAUGACUACAGAAAAGAAUAUUCUCACCGGUUAAUCAUUAUCAUUGACAUACCUUAGAUUAUCUUAUCUAGACUGUCUCCUCAUUUGCCAUUUCACCUUCAUGACGACCACAACCUGAAGGCAAUGUCCAUUCGUUGCCGUCCAUACUGUACCAUAAUGGACCAACUUUCUACAUGAGGGAUUUCAAACAUAAAAUAUGGCUGUUUCUCGGGCGUACCUUUGGAUUUUAGUUAUUUUUAUUUUUCCCAAACCAAACUGGGGAUUGUUAUCUGACUUUAAGAUUUGUGGUGAUUCUGAGUGUGAACGCAUGAUAAGCCGCGUGCGGGCAACAAGAAACCACAAAGGACAGGAUUGCAGGUUCCUCAACUUCAAAAAAGGAGAUGACAUAUCUGUUUACCAUAAACUCACAGGGAAGAGAGAUGACCUGUGGGCAGGGAGUAUUGAUAAGCAGUUUGGGUACUUUCCAAAGGAUGCAGUUAAAGUUGAUGAAAUGUUCACAGUCACAGAGGAAGUAAUAGCCACAAAGGAUCACGACUUCUUCUGCAUAGACGCGUAUGGCAGUUUGAUUGAGAUCGACGUCAGCAUGUCAAACGAAGAAGAGGAACGUAUUGUUUCAGAAACUCUAGUAACAGCCACCAGUGAUGAGGCUCAGACUGCAUCGGAGAAUGUGUUGGUGCCCAAAGGCUCAUCAGACGGCGCUGAGAGAGACAGCAGCACUGAGCAGGCAGAGAGGGAAACUGUAAUCACCGACAGUGAGCAAGCCACAGUCUCCAGUCACGAGAAGGGCACAGGGACCAGUGAGACCAGCCAGGCUGGAGUACCAUCAGGUAUCUCUGAAGAUACACGCGAACCUUCCCUCAGCGAACCACCAGGUGGGUCCUCUUGGCUUGGCUCCCCGGUCACAGACUGGCUGGGGUUUAGUGGUGGGGAAGAUGGAACAGGAGAUACAGGAGAUGUAGAUGGAGUAGGAGAACAGCCCAAAGAGUCCUUCAGGAAAAGGAAAUUGUCCAUAGAUUUAGAGGAGAACCAUCUGCAGGUGGAGACCAAGACCACGGUAUUUGGCUGGCUGGGGGAGGGGUUGACCAGUACCCUAGGGUUGGGUGGAGCUGCCCCUGAACCGGCUGUAUCAGGAAGUGAAACUGAGAUUGAAGAAGAAAAACCCACACAGUCCAGUUCCUGGUUGGACAUGGGCAUUGAUGUUCUAGGGUUCGGGCAGAGCAAUGAGGAUAAAGAGAGAGGGCCAGUGGAUGGACACAUGAAGAGGAAUCACGAUCCAGAGUCAAGAGAGCCAUCUAGUGUUCAGCCUAGUCAGCCUCACAGCACUGAAGGGGAAGAUCAGAGAGGCCUGCGGGCUAGUCAGGCCCUGGAAGAAACCUUAACUGACAGUCAGAUCAGGCAAGAUAAAGAUGAAAACUGGUACGGAAGCAUCUAUAACAACAUUGCAAGCCUAUAUGGAAACACGCCUGAGGUCGAUAAUGAACCGGAGGCUACAAUUAGGGAAAUAGCAGAUCAUGAGUCUGCAGAAAGAGAGGGCACAGAAAGAGAGGCUGCAGAAAGAGAGGCUGCAGAAAGAAAGGCUGCAGAAAUAGAGGUCGCCAAACAAGAAGACACAGAAAAGGAGGAGGCUGCAGAGAGGGAGGCCGCAGAGAGGGAGGCUGUAGAAAGGGAGGCUGUAGAAAGGGAGGCUGCAGAGAGGGAGGCUGCAGAGAGGGAGGCCGCAGAGAGGGAGGCUGCAGAGAGGGAGGCUGUAGAAAGGGAGGCUGCAGAGAGGGAGGCUGCAGAAAGGGAGGCUACAGAAAGGGAGACCGCAGAGAGGGAGGCUGCAGAGAGGGAGGCUACAGAGAGGGAGGCUGCAGAGAGGGAGGCUGCAGAGAGGGAGGCUGCAGAGAGGGAGGCUACAGAGAGGGAGGCUGCAGAGAGGGAGGCCGUAGAGAGGGAGGCUGAAGAGAGGGAGGCUGCAGAGAGGGAGGCUGCAAAACCAAAGGCAGCAGAACGAGAUGCUGCAGACAGAGAAGCUGCAGAGAGGGAGGUUGCAGAGAGAGAGGCUACAAAAAAAGAGGCUGUAGUCAGAGAAGCUGCAGAACGUGAGGCCACAGAAAGGGAGGCUGCAAAAAAGGGGGCUGCAGAGAGGGAGGCCUCAGAAAGGGAGGCUGCAGAAAAAGAGGCCACAAAAAGAGAGGCUGCAGAAAGAGAGGCUGCAGAAAGAAAGGCCGCAGAAAGAGAGGCUGCAGAAAGGGAGGCUGCAGAAAUGGAGGCUGCAGAAAUAGAGGCUACAGAAAGACAGGCCGCAAAACAAGAGGCUGCUGAAAGGGAGUCUUCAGAAAGAGAGGCUGCAGAAAGAGAGGCCGCAAAACAAGAGGCUGCUGAAAAGGAGGCUGCAGAAAAAGAAGCUGCAGAAAGAGAGGCCACGAAACGAGAGGCUGCUGAAAGGGAGGCUGCAGAAAGACAGGCUGCAGAAAGAGAGGCUGCAGAAAGAAAGGCUGCAGAAAGAGAGGCCACGAAACGAGAGGCUGCUGAAAGGGAGGCUGCAGAAAAAGAAGCUGCAGAAAGAGAGGCCACGAAACAAGAGGCUGCUAAAAGGGAGGCUGCAGAAAGAGAGGCUACAGAAAGAAAGGCUGCAGAAAAAGAGGCAGCAGAAAGAGAAGCCAUGAAACGAGAGGCUGCUGAAAGGGAGGCUGCAAAAAGACAGGCUGCAGAAAGAGAGGCUGCAGAAAGAAAGGCUGCAGAAAGAGAGGCAGCAGAAAGAGAGGCCGCGAAACGAGAGGCUGCUGAAAGAGAGGCCGCAAAACAAGAGGCUGCAGAAAAGGAGGCUGCAGAAAGGGAGGCUGCAGAAAGAGAGGCUGCAGAAAGAGAGGCCGCAAAACGAGAGGCUGCUGAAAUGGAGGCUGCAGAAAGAGAGGCUGCAGAAAGAGAGGCUGCAGAAAGAGAGGCAGCAGAAAGGGAGGCUGCGAAACGAGAGGCUGAAGAAAGAGAGGCCGCAAAACAAGAGGCUGCAAAAAGGGAGGCUGCAGAAAGAGAGGCUGCGAAACGAGAGGCUGCAGAAAGAGAAGCUGCGAAACGAGAGGCUGCAGAAAGAGAGGCUGCAAAACAAGAGGCUGCAAAAAGGGAGGCUGCAGAAAGAGAGGCCGUGGAAAGAGAGGCUGCAGAAAGAGAGGCCGCAAAACGAGAGGCUGCAGAAAGAGAAGCUGCGGAGAGAGAGGUCGCAGAGAGGGAGGCCGCAGAAAGAGCGGCCGCAGAAAGAGAGGCAGCAGAAAGAGAGGCAGCAAAACGAGAGGCUGCAGAAAGGGAGGCCGCAAAAAGAGCGGUCGCAGAAAGAGAGGCAGACGAAAGAGAGGCCGCAAAAAGAGAGGCCGCAAAAAUAGAAGUUGCAGAAAGAGAGGCUGCAGAGAAGAAGGCCGCAAAACAAGAGGCAGCAGAGAAGGAGGCUGUAGAAAGAGAGGCCGCAGGACUAGAGGCAGCAAAAGAAGAGGCAGCUGAAACAGAGGCUUCAGGUGGAGAUGGGGACAGUGAAGGAACUCUGGGUUUCUUUGGAAAAGCCUUAGGUUAUUUCACCCCAAGUUCCACAACACAAGACUCAAGACAACAGAUUGAGGAUGAGGUGGAGGAACAGCAAGGUGUGCCGCUUGAAGUAAACCAUACUCAUCACCUCCCGCCGCAAGCUCAUACUGAGGACCACCCUGUUAAAGCUCCAGCCCUGCUGAGGCAAUACAAAACCCUCCAAGAGUAUGUGACUGCAGAGGAGAUCAACACACUGUUGGACAUGCUUGGAAAACCCAAACUCCAGUGGCUUGAUUACAGGCUGGGCAGCUCAGGGGAUCCAAAUGAAGACGUAAGUAACGACCUGUCGAUCAUGUCGGACCUGGAGUCGCUCCUGCAGCAGCACAUGGAGACUCUGAGCGUGCCUCGACAGACGCCACGUGGAUCCAGCGAAGACGUGGAAGAGGCGAGGAAACACUCUGCUCUUCGAAAACUAGACACUCUGGUGUCGACCCUAAAAAACAAAUUAAACUCAUCUGUCAGUGUUAAAGAUAAUCCAGGAAGAACCAAGGAUCUGGGUUAUGUGCGGUCUUUUGUACUUGACAUCACUGCUGUUGGACUUUCUCACACUCUGACGGCUGUGGUUCUCCUGAAACAGCUCAUUGUUCAGGUGGUGUCGUCACUCCCUGAUGAGAUCCGACCAGGUCCUGAUCUCUAUGGGGUGCAAUGGGAAGCUGUCAUGUUCACGGUGCUGAUAGGGCUGGCCACCGUCUUAAUCUUCACAUGCCGGAUCUACCAGUCUUUGAGCAGCAGGUUGGCUGUCCGCAGACAGAAGAAAUUGGGACAGCAGGUGUCUUUGCUGCUGAAUGAGAAAUGCAAAUCCCUCCAGGCACUAACUGACUGUCAACUUGAGUAUGAUAAACUGGAAAAGUCCUUGCGAGACAGUGGCGUGUUAGAAGCUAAUGAAAGGAGGGAGAAGCUGGAGGCUGAGACCAGGAGGCUGGAACAGUCGAACUCUGACCUGGAGGCUAAGCUGAAGCAGAGGAAGGAGGACAUGGAGACUCAGAGAACCAUGAGGAUGGAGCAGGAGCAGAAGCUUGCAGAAAUGGAGGAAACCGUGAAAAGCCUAGAAGAGGAUAUCAAAGAGUGUGAGGCUCAGGAAGAACAGGCCCAGAUGAGCCUGAGGAUCUAUGAGAUGAACAGUGACCGUCUGGAUGGGAACCUGGAGACUGCCAGGGAGGAGAACGCCCUCAUGCAGGAGAGCAACGCCCAGCUGUUGCAGCAGAUGCAGGGAUGGGGGGAGCGAAUCAGUGAGCUGGAGGAGGAGAAGGAGAGGAGUGAGAGCAGCUACACAGCAAUGCUGCAGGACUUAACACACAAAGAAGAGUGUUUCAAGACUCUGACAGAUCGACUGCUGCAGAUGAAGGUCUGGGACUGGGAUUUGGAGGACGAGGCCAGCGGUCAGGACCGGAAUGGGAACCAGAAUGGAGACAGAAGGGAUAACAACCACCAUCAGAAGGUCCAGAAGCUCAUCUAUGCUGCCAAGCUGAAUGCAGAGCUCAAGUCGGUGGAUGAGGACAAAGACCGAGUGUUUGCCAGGUUUGCUGAUGAGAUAAAGGCCAAGGAGGAGCUCACAGAGGGCAUCAGGCAGAUGGAGGUGGAACAAGAGUCUCUCCAGGCAGAGACGGAGAGCUACACAGACCAGAUCCAGAGGAUGCAGCAGAAACUCCACAUCAUGACUGAGAUGUACCAGGAGAACGAGCUUAAACUGCACAGGAUGCUGACUGUGGAGGAGAGAGGACGUCUGCAGAAGGAGGAGAAGCUGACCAAGGCUGACAGAAACAUCACCCAAGCUGUGGAGGAGCUCACUACCUACAGACAACGAUACCAGGACUUGGAGGAUGACCUGCAGAAAACCAAGCAGGCCUACCAGGGGCAGAUCACCGCCCAUGAAAAGAAGGCCCACAAUAACUGGCUAGCAGCACGGGGUGCUGACCGUGACUUGGCUGACACCAGGAGAGAGAACGCCCUCCUCAGACAGAAGUUAACAGACAUGCAGUUUAAAUUAGAGGUGGUGGAGAAGGAUCCAUACGCCUUGGACAACCUGCCCAGACCAAUGCCCUACAGAGGUGAAAGGUCACCGUAUGGCCCCUCCCCCCUCAGCCGCCCCGCCUCCGAAACGCGAGCCUUCCUCUCUCCUCCCACCCUGAUGGACGGCCCCCCACCCCGCCUCUCUCCCCAGUUCCCCCCCUUCGGACCCGGGGGUAGAGUUCCGCGUGGCAUGGUGGAGCCCCCUGGUGGUGUGGUGGACUCAGAGCGCAGUGGUGGUCCUCACUCUGACAGUGGCUCUCUGUCUCCCACCUGGGAGAGGGAGCGCAGGGGCCCCCCUGGGCCCCCAGGCCCCGGGCCUCCCAUCCCCCCAGCAGGUUACAUGUAUCCAGACCCAGGCCCCCCCUUCAGGAGACCUCCUCCAGGGGCCCUGGGGCCGCUCCCCCAGCCUGGACACCCCCCUCUGGGCCCCCUCCCACCCAGGGGACAAGGGCCAGGCGACCACCCAAGCUUUGGACCCCCCUCUGAUAUGGCCGACCCCUCCUUCCCGGGGAACCGGUUAGGGCCUGGAGAACCUGACAUCAGAGAGGGUGCUCCUUCAGAGAGGAGGAGUCCUCCUGAUGCUGACAUGAGGAUGGGGCAUCCUCCACUGGGCCCCCCUCUGGGCCACCCUGGAAUGGGACCUCCAGGACCCCUUCUAGGACAACGGGGCCCUCCUUUCAUGGGACCUGUCCCCCCUCCAGGAGGUCCCCUCCCCCCUAUGGACCCUCGUGACCCCCACUUUCCUCGCAGGGGCCCCUAUGGACCCCCAGACUUCUACCCCCCAAGGGGGCCUGGUGGCCACCCCAUGGGCAUGCGCGGGCCUCCUCCCUCAGGCAUGUUUCCACGGUACCCACCACCCCCACACAUGGGCUACCCCCCUAUGAGACCCCCUCUAGACGGCCUCCCCCCUGGACCCCCCCUCAGGCCUUCCCCCCCGACCACCCAGCAGCCCCCAGACCAGGCCCCCUCCCCCCAUGAUGUCAUCUGAGCCUUAUCUGAGUCUUGGCGUCUCUCCGUAUGUAACUCUCCUCUGCCUGUUCAAUUGCUCCCCACACACAGACACAGUCUCCUCAAUUUCCUGUGUUGUACUUCCUGUUGUUGUGCUGAGCAAGGGUAAGCUUACAGGACGGUUUCCUGCAGGCGGUCAUGUGACCAGUGCCCCUUAUUGAGGCAGAGAAUAGUUUCUUCUCAAAAACAUUGGAUACAGACACAGAAACACACACUUGACUGGAUGUAUUGGCCGAGGUCAUGUGGCCAGUCACAAAGAGCAUGAUCCCAUCGCAAAAGUGAUCUGAAUCCAUCUUUUUUGGAAAUAUAACAUUUACUAACUUUGAAAGGUUUUCAUUUGCUUAGGAUUUCCAAAAUUACUUUUUAAUUUAACUUUUUAAAGAAUCGUGUCCCUUGUGGACUUGACAUGUGUAUAUGUAGAAAUUGUGUUGAUAUGGAUUUAGAGUAAGUACUGUAAAUAUACAUGAGCCAGUCCAGAGGUCCUCCUUGUUAGAGCGCGCUGCAGUGGGCCUGCUGUGUUCCCCUGGCCGUCCAGACUCCUGGUACAACUCAGGGACUCGAUGCAGCACCCCAUGAGAGACUGAAUAUGAUGAAGAAUGUGAUUAGCUGUAAAGUGUAUAAAUAAAAGGAAUCCUUUC